GUAUCAUCGGUGUAUCUUUAUCUCAUCUUUCCUUUUCUCAAGCAGCUUACGCUGAGCAUUCUGAGGUGUUUCUUUGGUUUGUGGUUGAUAGAGUCAGUACACGCAUCAACCUUCACCGCAACACCAUCCUGAGCGCUUCAACGCGAGAGGUGAACAUAUUAGUGGCAAACAACCAAAACAACUCACCGCUUUCCCCGUCCCAUCCAACUCUCCUAACGCAUACCCCUUACCCCCACCACCACCGUCCAUCUCCCCAAUCCGAUAUCCAUGCCCAUCAUCAAGCUCAUUCAUACCAACAGGCGCAUACUGCCCUCUCGCCCCGCCACCACCAGGAAACACACCUCCUCCAAUCCCACCCCCAUUUCCAUGCUCGUAGCUGUUAUUCCCGUCAAAUCCUCUCCUAAUCUCUUCCUGAAUCCUCUGGGCUUCCUGUUGUCUCUUUUUGCGCUUUGAGUUCGUGCGGCACAUGCACACGGCGAUACCGAUGCAGAAGAUGAGUAUCACGAGAAGCGAUAUGCCUGUUAUGAUGCCUGUGAGUUGGAGCGUCGUGAGGGCGUCGUCUGAGGCUGUGGAACGGCGCGAUUUGAUGGUCGAGGUGGAUGUGAGUGCUGUGGGGUAUGUUAGUUU